UCGAAGAAGGGGGCCGACGGUCGGGCUGUGUGAACACUGCAGUACAUGCGAGCGUACAGCAACCGCUCUCAGCCCGUGUCCGUGUCUCUGUGUGUGUGCGUGUGUGUGUGUGUAUGUGUGUGUGUUUUCUUUUUUCUUCCACACCAGCCAACGACACCGGAGGAAAACAGACGUCCGCGUUGUGAUUUGUAGCGGCGGAGAAGACCUCCACCGCGUCCGGACAUCCUAACUUUCCGUUGACCGCUGGCGGUACUACGGGGCUCCGGAGCAGCCCGUGCGUCGGGACUCACCGGUCAAAAAUGACAUGAAUGGUUGAGAGAAACGUGUCCGUGUGCCCGUGCGAGCCUCGUCAAAUAACCUUGCUUGUGCGCGGGGCUACCGAUGGAUUCUGUGGCUGUUAUCUCCUCGUUACCCAGCAGCGGAGGUCUGCUGAGGAUACCGCAUCAUGUACAAUUCACAGGGAUACCGUCGUGUUAAGGCUAUGCUAGCUGCUGCGACGCAGGUGCUGUGUGUGGCAUUCAACAGCAGAGGAUUUGGGAAAUAAGACCGAGCGCUGUGCAAGAACGGUUUUUCUGAUCUCAGACGUCGCAUCUGAGCCAAGGGUGCAGUGGGGGCCAGGUUGCUCUCAGGUCAGGAUAAGCCCGUCGCCAUGGAUGUGGACGAGGAAGAGAAUAUGAGUUCAAGCAGCACCGACGUUAAGGAAAACCGAAACCUGGACAACGUGUCCUGCAAAGACGGGGUGGGAGUGGCUGAGCAGCUCCCGAAUGGAAGUGGCCUGGGCAGUCGAAAGCGCCCCCUAGAGGAGGGAAAUAAUGGCCACACGCAUUCCAAGUUCCGGGCCAAGAAGCGCAAGAAAACGCCCGGGCCAGUCCUGCCCAAGAAUGCUCUGAUGCAGCUGAAUGAAAUCAAACCAGGUCUGCAGUACAAACUGCUGUCUCAGACUGGACCGGUCCAUGCACCAGUUUUUGUCAUGACUGUGGAGGUCAAUGGACAGAUGUUUGAGGGCAUGGGCCCUACCAAGAAGAAGGCCAAACUGAAUGCAGCGGAGAAAGCACUGCGUUCCUUUGUCCAGUUCCCAAAUGCGUCUGAGGCACACCUGGCCAUGGGCCGAACACUGACAGUGAACACAGACUUUACAUCUGACCAAGCUGACUUCCCAGACAUGCUCUUUAAUGGCUUUGAGACACCAGCCGCACCUGAAGAAUCCUUCUAUCUAGGCUCCAAUGGUAGCAACUCCUUAAAUUCACUAGGGGAGUACCCACUGCCCACACCACCUGGCAGUAACCUUGUCCAGGCCCCAUUGCCCCCUCCAUCUGCAUUCAGCUCGCCCUCCAGUGGCAAAAACCCAGUCAUGAUCCUCAAUGAGCUCAGGCCAGGCCUCAAAUAUGACUUUGUCUCAGAGAGCGGUGAGAGUCACGCCAAGAAUUUUGUGAUGUCAGUAACAGUGGAUGCACAGACGUUUGAAGGCUCAGGGCGCAACAAGAAGCUGGCGAAAGCCCGGGCAGCGCAAGCCGCCCUGUCUGCUCUGUUCAACAUGCAGCUCGACCAGACACCAUCCCGGCAACCCAUACCAAGAGAGGGAUUGCAGCUUCACCUACCCCAGGUUCUGGCUGACGCCGUGUCUCGCCUGGUGGUGGAUAAGUUCAGUGAGCUGACAGACAACUUCACCUCCCCCCAUGCGCGACGAAAAGUCCUAGCCGGGGUCGUCAUGACAACAGGGACAGAUGUGAAGGAAGCCCAAGUCAUCUGUGUCUCCACGGGAACCAAAUGCAUCAACGGUGAGUACAUGAGCGACCGCGGCCUGGCACUCAACGACUGCCACGCUGAGAUCAUCGCCCGACGCUCGCUCAUCAGGUACCUCUACACUCAGCUGGAGUUCUUCCUCAGCAACGGCAAGGACGACCACCAGAAGUCAAUAUUCAUGCAGUGUGACAAGGGAGGCUACAGGUUAAAGGACAACGUUCAGUUCCACCUCUACAUCAGCACCUCGCCCUGUGGAGACGCCAGGAUUUUCUCUCCGCACGAGGCCGGAGUGGAAGACCAAGGAGACAGGCAUCCCAACCGGAAAGCACGGGGUCAGCUAAGGACCAAAAUAGAGUCAGGGGAGGGCACCAUCCCCGUGAGAUCCAGCAACACCAUCCAGACCUGGGACGGUGUGCUUCAAGGAGAGAGGUUACUCACCAUGUCCUGCAGUGACAAAAUUGCAAGGUGGAAUGUGGUGGGCAUCCAGGGCUCUUUGAUGAGCUACUUCACCGAGCCCAUCUACUUCUCCAGCAUCAUCCUCGGCAGCCUCUACCACGCCGACCACCUAUCCAGGGCCAUGUACCAACGCAUUGCAGACAUCGAGGACCUGCCCCAGCAGUUCACCCUCAACAGGCCCCUACUCAGUGGUAUAAGCAAUGCAGAAGCCCGGCAGCCAGGCAAGGCACCGAACUUCAGCGUGAACUGGACCGUGGGUGACCAAGCCCUGGAGGUGAUCAAUGCGACCACAGGCAAGGACGACAUGGGCCGAGCUUCACGUCUCUGCAAACACGCCCUCUACAGCCGCUGGGUGCGCCUACACAACAAGCUGUCGUCCCUGUUGCGGAUCAAAGUGCUCAAGCCCAGCUCGUACCACGACGCCAAGCAGGCGGCCACAGAGUACCACUCCGCUAAGCAGGCGCUCAUCAAGGCCUUCCACAAGGCCGGCCUGGGGGCCUGGGUCAAAAAGCCCAUCGAGCAAGACCAGUUCACCCUCAGCUCCUGAGGGAGCCGGGAGACCAAGGGGUUCCCGAACCACCCACUCCUCCCUCCCUGACCCAGGCCUGAAAGCAAGAGAGCCCCUUAUUAACAACGUCUUCUUCCGUCCCAUGCGUGGGCUCGCACGUGCACUUUGUACUCGUGAGAAUGAACGUGCGUAGUUUCACAAACCAUCCAUAGCUCCAUCAUUCUCAUUCCUCAGAGGACCUCAUGCUGUUUCUCAUCGUAUUUUAUUUAGAUUUUAUCGGAUGGCGUCGUCCGUCUGCGUGUUUUUUUCUGUUCGAAAACUGGAAUGCGUUUUAUUAUUUUUCUCACCAUUUGGUGUUUUAUGUUUCCCAGAUAAAUUUUAAUCUUAUGCUGUAGACGUGAAAGAAGUUAUACAGUCCUGAGUGUAGCCGGGUUAGGGUGAAACGUAGGCAUUUGUUGACUAGAACCAACGUGUAUGGACCUAAAGAAAACGUAUAUAUACAUGCAAAAAUGAAUGGUAAACUUUAAUUUAAUGAAAAUCUUGAGGAUGUAAAUCUAAUACUUAUAAAAGAGAGCGAACAUAAAAUAGUUCCAUAUAAUGUGUGUUAUUUGGUCCGUUCCUUAGAGGAGACCACAUGCUCUUAGCCCUUGUAUUAAACAUGGACAUGCUACUAAAUGAAGUCGCCCUGUUUGAUUCACUGACUGGAAAGAAUAUACGCGAGGCAGGCGUGACAGCAGUUUAGCACACUUCUGUUGAUUUUUAUGUCACUCAUCCGUGCGUGUGUUUUCUGUAACUUAUUUUGUGUCGACUCUCAUUUCAUACUUGAACAGUGGGGGAGGGCGGUCGGGGUCGACGCCUCCUCUCUCGCCUGGGUCUUGGGGACAAGCUUUUCUGGGAGGUGCUGCACGUUGUAUUUUUUUCCUCGAUCUAAGCCAUGGCUUUGCAUGGAAACUGAACUGAGAGGCCUGCAGAGCAGAAAACACGCGAUGGGGAGCCCCGUGCGUCCAUCAGUGAAUGAUUUAGAAUGAAUGCCAGCAUCUUCCUCCACAGGCAGCUUUGAAUCUUUGUCUCUAUUUUCUAGAUUUCUCGUGAUCCUGAUUGUUUGGUUUUUAAGGGGCGGGGACAGGUUGUUCUGUUCGUUUCUUCGUUUGUUCGACUGUUUAUUUGUUUUUCUUAAAAUGUUUUAAGGGAUGGGGAUGAUACUGCAGUGAAAAUAACAGACCUCUCAGAUCUUGUAAUUAUGUCACGCUGUGGCAGGGAUCCACGAUAGCUGUCAGAUUAGCCGUCUACGUGCUGGAGCUGCCCGUGCAGCACGUGACACAUUGUUCCAGUAAGUAGUGAUUGUUCGAGAUGCAAACCUGUGGCAAAUCCUUCCACGUAAUUCUCUUAGGGAACCCUUAGAAUAGCAGUGCAGCGUCAUGCAAACCCCAGCCCCGCAUGAACGGACUCGUACGUAGACAUCGGGUCGACUCUGCCGGUAGAUCACAACCAAAUAUAUAUCACAGCGUGAUGUCACAUGCAUCCUCCUCUCUUACCUUCUUCAGUUAGAGACUCCCGUCUGUUUGUGACUCCUCCGCACCCCGAACGUCCUUUAAAUUUCUAAACGAGGACACGUUUCCAAGUAACUGCAGUGAAUUCCUGUUUCCAGCUGUAGGGGAAAUGGAAAAAAAACAAAAAAACAAAAAAAAAAAGAAAAUGUGUGUACAAUUAAUGUGUGUGCUCAGGUGUCUUUAAGCAUACUCUGUCAAAUUUUCACCAAAGAGGAUGAUGUCCAUGUGUGUUUCUGCCCCAGUAUUUUCCUUACUGAGCUUUCUUUUCCUUUUUUUUAAUAUUUCAUGCAAAACUUUUCGGCAUCCGCCCUUUACUGUCUCCUUUUUUUUUUGUUUGUUUGUAUUUCCACUCAACAGUGUUCCUUUGCUUUGUACAAAAAGUGAUGUAUCCAACCGAGUGUGGGUGGGGGGCAAUCGAACUGUCAGGCUUCUCUAGUGCAUCUGUAGCUGUCGGUGACCACGUGUAUAUUGUGACCUGCGAUCAUUAUUGCUACGAAAUAGUAGUUCUGUGUAUAUAAGGAGCAACAAAGGUGACAACGAUUCUUCCCUGUACAAUGGAGCCACCCCGAAAAAAAAAACCCGUUCCGAUCCUUCCUCUUGUUGCCGGGGUUUGUGAAGGUGUUGCUGUUCCUGAGUGAAGUACUUGUGGUUCUAUUUGACUCACCGGGCACCGUGAAGCAUGGCACCAACACUGCCGGGGGUUAACACGCUUCAUCCCCAUUGUAGCCACCCAUGUUUAAAAAGAAGAAUAUAUGCACUGUAAAGUGCCUCAGCUAAAAGUGGCAUCCACCAGCUGGCACAUGUGAUGUCAUGUAUGUACCUUACUAACUUUUUUUUGAGUCGGUGUUAGAGAAGCAGGAAGAAAAGGGAAUCUCCCAGUGUUGACUUAAGAGGUAAAGAGCUGGAAAUUAGGUUUUUAAAUCGGCGGGAUCCAGUCCUCCCUGGCAAACAGACCCAGACCAAAGUCAUGAGCAAUACUCCUGAUGUCUCCUCUGCUGUGAGCCCAUCACAAACAGGAGUCUGAACGAAGUCUCCCUCCCCUCCUCUCUCCUCCCCUCCGGUCGUCUUCUCUUCUGUUCUCUACAAAGCUGUCUGAAGUCUUUCUUUUCUUUCUUUUUGUAUAUUUCCCUCUAAAGACUGCCUGCUUCUAGAGUUUUGUUUGUUUUUUGACUGCACUAAAUAUGUCAACUGAUGAUGUCAUGAUAUAUAUAUAUAUAUAUAAAUAUAUAUAUAUAAAAAAAAAUUGAAAAUAACAAUAACGUCCCCGUUUCUGGAUCGGAUGGAUCGGACUAUGACGGCGAGGACUGAACCGCUUCUGCUUAACCCUUUUGUGAAUCUUCGAUGAUGAUCAGUGCAACCCCCCCUGACCCCCUACCGCCCCCCCCUCCCCCAGCUGCGCCCGUGGUGGGGUUAUGUUUUCGGGUUUCGUUUCACUGAACCCGGAGCUGGUCGGUGUUGGUUCACUCUGGGUAGCCCCCCCUCCUCCUCCUCCUCUUCCUCCCUCCCUACCCUCCCCUCCUCCUCCCUCUCUCCAGCUGUCCAGUGUGUGAAAUCCUCCACCAACGAAGAAAAAAAACCACAACCUUGCAUGUUCUACAACACUGAAGCUGCACCUAGCAUGAUGACAAACUUUUAAAGGACUCGUGUAGAAGAAAAAAAAAAAACAGCUAAAGAUAGAUAUAUAAAACGAACAAAAAAGAAUAAAAGAGUUCUUAGUUUACUUUU